ACGAGCGCCCGGCAUAGUUGGAAAUACACUAUGUUUACUUUUUAAUUUAUAUAUAUAUAUGCAGAAAGGGAAUUGUUAUUGCGAUGUCUCAUGUUCCAGACGACGUGAAGCCCGAUGAAGUGAAUCUCUUAGAUUUGCUUAGCUGUAGAAUUGAACCGGGCAGCUCAGACAGCAGCUUGGAUGAAGAACUGACAUUCUCUCCGGAUUUGGGAUUGUCGCCCGUCAUCUGUUUGCCUGGUAAAAUGGGGCGUCAGACUGGCGCAUACAGGUUAUCUGGCAUCUCUCCAAGACGAAGGCUGAAGCUGUCCCCUGAGUCCCAGAGUCCAAGCCCCACGGAAUCAUCUAAUUUGCCUCAUACUACCAUGGAGACAGCAACUCUUACAGGUAUCCCUAAUGAGAAAACUCCCAAGCUGAAUUCUCAUAUCUCCAGAAUAAGGGACUCUUCUUUUGAAGCAAGGGACUGGAAGCCAAAAAAACCUGCAAGAAGAGCUAAAGAAAGAGACAGUGAAAAUGCCCCUCAUCCAUACUCAACUAAGAAAAAAUCUCGCGUGAAGCUUGCAGAACUGUUCCAGAGUCCGGAUUGCGUUACAGGACCAAAGAUCCAGUGGUCAGAAAGAGAUACCGGGUCCGGUACCAAGGAGGUUAAAGUCGAACAUCCUGGAAACAGGGUUGACCCAGAGCCCAGGCUUUCUAUGAGCGCCAACAGUCCCAAAUGUAACAUCGCGGACAGUGAAGAUGAUGAACUGAUCGGAGAUUUUACUAAAAAAUAUUGUUUACCAAUUGAACAAGGGAAACACCAGGACCUUAAGUAUAUAAGCUGUGCAACUCUAGCAAAGCUGCUCACAGGGGAAUAUAACGACGUGACGCAGCAGUACUGUGUGGUGGACUGUCGAUAUCCUUAUGAAUUCUCUGGAGGACACAUAAAGGGCUCCAAGAAUUUGUACAGAGAAGAGCAGAUAUCGGACCAUUUUAUGAAGAACUCGUCUUUUUCCCAAAGCAGGAACCUCCUAAUCUUUCACUGUGAAUUUUCUUCCGAGAGAGCACCCAAGCUGUGUCGAGCAUUACGAAACCUGGACAGAAAUGCGAACGUGUAUCCGCAAUUAUACUAUCCUGAGCUUUAUAUCUUAAAGGGAGGAUAUAAGGAAUUUUACGAAAAUUUUAAGUCUCUUUGUGAACCACAAGGUUACGUGAAUAUGCUUCACAGAGACUUCCGUGACCACCUACGACAACAUCAGCGAAAGAAAAAAAUGCCUGUAGUGCACGGGGUCCGGAAAGAGCUCUUUAAGUCGCUAUCGCCUAAUACUAUCAGCAAUCCGGUCAAAACACAGACAUCCCAAAUAGAUUCUAUCCGAAACUGAUGAUGGGACCCUUAGGAUGGGCAAAGAUUUCACUGCGGGACAAGAUGACAGAAAACCAGGACUGUCCGAU